AAGAAAAACAGGGGGAAAAAAGCUGUACGAAAAGGUAGGAAGUCCCAUUACCGUACUUAAUUACCAAAAAGGAAAAUUAAAAAAAAAAAAUGAAUUAAAUCAUCAGAAAUGUUUAUAGUAAUGGGAACGAAAUAGCCCCUCCCAUCUUCAUGUUCACAACAGUCCACAUUUAGACAAGGGAAUAAAAUAUCAAAACAAUUUUUCUUUUAGAAGUGAAAGGAAAAAAGUUAUCCAAAUAAAUAGGGAGAAGUCACUAGUCAGUACUGAUGAAGAAACAAAUUCACAAUACCUGCUUUUGGUAGCUGCUUUGAUACAUGGCUGGAUCAUACUUGUCGUCCGUCAAAAUAAUCCUGCUACCAAUACUAUUAUUAACCCUUUUAAACAUUUCAUCCCCAGCUCAAGUGGCCGCCGGCGCCGGCGGAGCAUCGUCGUCGGCUCUGUUCAUCUUUGGGGACUCGUACUUUGACCCAGGUAACAACAACUACAUUAACACCACCACACUUGACCAAGCCAAUUUCUGGCCCUACGGCGAAUCCUACUUCAACAAACCCACCGGCAGGUUCUCCAAUGGCCGUUUAAUCUCCGAUUUUGUUGGUAACUUAUCGCCUUCCUUAUUUUUUUUUUGGUUUUUGGGUCCCGGGGUACCAUGCAAUGAUAAUAAUUUAAUAUAGUUGUAUUGAUUCCCUGCAGCUGAGUAUGCAGGGCAAGAGCUGAUUCCUCCGUUUAUGGAGCAGCCGGAAACCGGUGACUUCCGGCGUGGGGCGAACUUUGCGUCUGCUGGAGCCGGUGCAUUGGUGGACACGUUUCGCGGAUCGGUGAUCGAUCUAAAUACGCAGUUGAUGUACUUCGAAAAGGUAGAAAUAAAGUUGAGACACGACUUAGGUGAAAUUAUCUCGAAAAAUAUAAUAUCAAACGCGGUGUACUUAUUUAGUAUCGGUACCAAUGAUUACCUUAGUUAUUUUCUAACAAAUUCUUCCGCCAACAACCUCACGGACUUCUCAUCGUUCAAACCAUAUUUCUCAAGUUAUGUAAAUACGGUCAUUGGAAACUUAUCCAACGUUGUUAAAAACAUCUAUCAGAAAGGAGGUAGAAAAUUUGGGUUCUUGAACUUGGGGGACUUGGGAUGUUUGCCUGGACUUAGGGUGCUACAUUUGGAAUCAAAUGGGGGAGGGUGCUUGGAAGCAGCAACAUUGGUUGCGAAAUUGCAUAAUUUUGAACUCUACAAAUUGUUGUCAAAAUUGGAACAUCAGCUGGAAGGGUUCAAAUAUUCACUUGGGGACUUCAAUAGAGCCCUUAGGCAAAGGAUCAAACACCCCUCCCAUUUCGGGUUGAAGGAAGGGAGAGUGGCGUGUUGUGGAGCUGGAGCAUUUAAAGGGAUAUUCAGCUGCGGAGGGAGGCGGCCGAUGGUGGAGAAUGAAUUUGAGCUCUGCCAGAAUCCACAACAGCACGUGUUUUGGGACUCUUACCACCUUACCGAGGCCGUGUACGGCCAAAUGGCGGCGGAGAUGUGGAAUGGAUCAUCCUUCGCCGGCCACUACUAUCUCCAGGCCUUGUUCAAUUGCUAAUUUAUUUAUACAUUGACAAACGCAGUAUAUAUGUUGACAAUUAGCAAAGACAAAUUGGUUUUUUAAAGUAGGGAUCACAAUUACAAGAAUGUACAGUUGUGUAAUUAUUAUUAUUAUUAUUUUCUAAAAUCCCACCAUUCAUUAGAUUCAUCAAAAUUAUUAUGAUUCUAUGAAAUUGUCUUGUGUGUUGCAGG